AUGGAAGAGGCAGCACUCACUAACCUCUGGCCUGGCCAGCAUCACCGGGGCAUAGUGGCACAGUACGUAAGAGGUUGGCUUCGCACUGGAACUCCUGAGGUGCUGAGUUCGAGUCCCUCCACGGACAGCUACUACUCGAGAGGUUCCCGUCCGAACCCAGAGCGGGUCAUCGCCUCCUCCGUUCUGAAGUUAAGAAUUCGCUGGCUGGUACCGCAGCAGUACGAGUACGUCUCGUACAGGAAGGAGAUGAACGACCGGCAGGGCCGGAGAAAAGUGGAAAUCGAAAUCGGAACCCUGUACAUUGGCAGUGCUGGUCACCGGAAACGGCAGUCAGUGCCUGAGGCCAGAUCCACAGUGCCUCUUUCUUACGGUAUCGGUCACCGGCCGGUGACAGGUAGAUCUUCAGGGCCGAAAUGCCGUUUAGGAUCGCUUGUGUCGUUUCGCGACGUGCUGCAACGGAAGAACGACAGCAACGAUCGUGGCCACAUUCCUACUGACCGAAGCAAGUGGUUGACGGUCGGCAUUGAUCGCGUGGGAAAACAGGGAUGGGAUCAGACGGCGGCAAGCGGCUACGACCAGAUCCGUUCAAGCCAGCGUCCGCCAUGA